GUGUUUGAUGAUUUCUGGCGAAUUCAACUUCAAUGUAAAUGGCCGUCUGUCUGUAAAUUCAUAGAAAUGGCAAUUAGAAUUCCGUUUAGAUAUUUAACGUUUACAGACAAAGUAAAGCGAUGUUACAAAAGAUCUCUGAGAAAUUUAGAGGAUUGGGUUCACGAUCGUGCUGAUUUUCGCAUACAAGCAGUGUUGUGCAGAGCAAAAUUCGAUGAAAUUGUUAACUGCAAGGACCCAGUGAAGGCCAAUUCAAUGUUAGAAGCAACUGAAAAGGACCUCUUUCAGAAUACUCAUUGGCAACCUAGGAAGUGGCCCAAAUCUGUGGGUGGUGUAGCAUAUGACAGAGAGGUCAAACCACCAGACUGGGUGUUGGACUAUUGGCAUCCGCUAGAGAAAGCUCAGUAUCCUGAAUAUUUUGCCCGUCGAGAACAGAGGAAGAAAGAGUAUGUGGAGUGGUGGGAGAAGACUUACGGCAAGCCUACGAAAGAGGACCACCAUCAUUGACAUAGUGAUACUUGUUAGUCAUAGUGCAGGCUUGUACCCUAACGGUUAAUUUAAAAUUGGCUCUGUCAGCAGAUUAUUGUUAAUAAAUUGUUUACCCUUAUUGUCUUGAACUUUA